AUGGUCCCCAAUAUUGCCAUCAAAGCCUUGUUCAUGCGCUGUCCAGUAGGUAGGACGGAUGUCCGAGAAAACAAUGAACAGAGUUGUUACAAUGCAUUGGUCAAGGUGCUCGUGCCUAGCCAUCUUUAUGCUGGAAAAGGAAAUAUUUAUAGUAUAACCCGUUCUGCGGAAGCAUCCAUGAGAGGGAAAUCUCGUAAGAGACAACUGAAGGACCCCCAACGGAAGUCCGUCUAUGGAGGUCAAGUGCCUCGAGCCUACGCAGCAUCCUUUCCUAUAUCCUAUCCUAAAGAGGCGUUGAACUGUUCGACAUAUACAUCCCCAGGAAACAACGAAAUUGAGGAUGAGGCGACCGACACUCGCUCGGAAAGGAAUACAUACGUUCAAGGAAGAGUCGACGGAAAGACUGAAAUUUCACUGGUAGAUGGCUUGGAGGAAGAGAUACGUUGUUUGGAUAUUACCUUCGAGAGCCAUCCCAUAGAUGGCGGCAUCGAAGAAGCAUAUAUACAGGGAGAAGCCUUGACACCCCCCGAAAUCAAGUUCUCCGAAGACGGUGAUAUGGACGAUAACUACUGGACUUGGGACCAGGAUGCUCAAAGAUUCCGACACUGGGAUGCGGAACUUGGAGAGUGGUUGUACUUUCCUGAGAGGUUUGAUUGA